UGAUUCGAAAUCAAUCAUUUCGUUCCUCGUUUCACCAUUUUAAAAUAUGCGGAACAUGGAAUAUACUUUCAGCUAUUUACAAUCAUAAACUUGAGUUUGCUUUGUACUUAUCACUGGAGCAUAGUUUUAUUAUGAUUUUUGAGCGCCAGGUGGCUGCAUUUUUGUUGUCCGUCUGUCGAACAGUACAAGUCUCAGCGCCAUUACAUUGAUUAAUAUCAUUGUAUUUGCAUUCCUAAUUUUCUCAGCAAUAGCUAAAUUCGAAAUAAAAAAAUCAGUCAAUAUGUCGACUAAACGUAAAAAUCCAACAAUCAAAAAAGGACGCGCGAAAUCAAGAAAAGUUGAAUAUGACGAAGAGGACAUCUCUAGCGAACAUGAUUCAGACGUUGAUGACGCCGAAACCGGCUCGAAUGUCGAUGGUGAAGAUGCUCUCGAAGAUGAUCUUACCGAUGUCUCUAGUAUCCCGGAAUUACCGCCACCUGAGGGAGGAUGGGGUAAACCUGGAACAUUACUAAUGUGUGGUCUUACAAAUUGGGAUAUGGCAGGCCGUAAAGCUCCACCAAAAGGUGUGAAAGCUAAUGUAGGGCGCAGUUUAUGGACGCCGCAUACUUUUAAAAACUUAAAUGGUUCAAGAGUCAGAUUAGUUGCUUCUGGUCCAGCUGCUUCUCACAGUAUUAUUGUUACUGAAGAUAAUCGAUGUUUAGCUUUUGGUAGAAAUGAUAAAGGUCAAUUAGGUAUUGGUGAUACAAAACGUCGAGAUGAGCCUACAGAAGUUACAGCAUUAAAAGGUCAUACUGUCAUAGGAGCAUCUUGUGGUCGUAAUCAUACUUUAUUUUUAACAAGUCGUGGCAUUGUAUUUGCUGCUGGAGAUAAUAAAUUAGGUCAAUGUGGCGUUGGAAAAUCUGAUGCCUGUAUUAUUUCUGCCACUAAAGUAAAAUAUUCUGGUCCACCAAUAGUAAAAGUAGGAUGUGGUGCAGAAUUUUCAAUGAUUUUAGACAUUAAAGGUGGUCUGCACUCAUUUGGAAGUCCCGAAUAUGGAGCAUUGGGUCAUAACACAGAUGGAAAAUAUUUUAUAACAAAUACAAAAAUGGCAUUUCAUUUUGAAAAAGUGCCUAAAAGGAUCGUCUUAUAUAUUGAAAGAGCGAAAGAUGGCCAUGUUACGCCUUUAGAUCGUGUUGAGAUUACAGACUUCAGUUGUGGUCAUUAUCAUACAGUUGCAAUUGAUAGUAAAAAUCGUGCUUUUUCCUGGGGUUUUGGAGGUAUCGGUCGUUUAGGUCAUAAUGAACAACGAGAUGAAUUAGUGCCUCGCUUAAUUAAAUUUUUGGAACCUCCUUCACGUGGUGUAAGAGCUGUAUAUUGUGGCAGUACUUAUAGUAUUGCUAUUAAUGUACAUGGAUCAGCUUUAAUGUUUGGACAAACAAAACGUACUGGAGAAGCGAAUAUGUAUCCCAAACCAAUUCAAGAUUUAUCUGGCUGGGAAAUUAGAUGUGUUGGAUGUUCUCAAACUAGUGUAGUAGUUGCAGCGGAUGAUUCAGUUAUUGCUUGGGGUGCUAGUCCUACUUUCGGUGAAUUGGGUUUCGGUGAAAUGCGUAAAUCGUCAACUACUCCGAUGGAAGUGAAAGCGCUAGAAGGUUUGUACAUUACUGCUGUUACCUGUGGUCUCUCUCAUACACUUAUGAUUUGUCGAGAUGAAUCUGAAGAAGAAAAAACUAAAAUUAACAAACUUCAAGUAUAUUCGAUUUAAAUCGCAUAAUUUGUAAUUAUUUGAAGCAAAUUUUAUUCGCAUUAUCAUGUCAACAUGUUUGAAAAUUUUUCUAUUAUCAUAAAUAAGACUACAUUUUUUAAGCAAAAAAGAAAGAAAAAACAAAUUAAAAUGAAAAUAUAUUAUCAUUUUAAUUAAGUAAAUCGCUUUAAUAACUUAAAGAAAAGAUUGAAAGAUCUGUGAACGAUUAUAUUAAUAGACUGCAAAAGACGUCCAUACAAAAUAUAGACUUAACUGUUAUUCUCUACUUUUAAAAUUUCCAUUUUUAUUUAAUGUAUGAAGAAGAAUUUAUCAUAGAGAAUCCCAUUCUGUUAGUAGCUCAGGAUAUAGACCAAACGUAUCAUAGAUACAAAAAUAUAUUUUGAUACUUUGCUAUUUUAUUCACAUGUACGCGCAUGCGCAGACAUUUCUCUCUCUCUCUCUCUCUGUCUCUUCCAUUUUCUCUUUCUUCCUUUUCCCUGUUUUUAAUAAAAAUGAAAAUAGUUCAUGCACAUAAAGAAAUACAAAAAAUUAAAAAAAUUUUACAGAAUUUAACAAAUACUACCUUUAUGUUUAUUAUUCAUUUUAAUCUAUUGCAAUGCAAAUAGCCUAUCAUUGAUUCAUUACAAUAGUACCUGAAUCAUUAAAUCUGCAGAAAACAUUUUUAUGUACAGGGAUAUUUUAAAUGUGACUAUUGAAAAAAGAUUUUAUAUUCUAAAUGACUGUUUUUAUAAUAAACAUACAAAAAAUGUUUUUAUAAAUUCAUUUACUUUUAUUCAUAAUUACAAAAUCUUUUUUAGCCAAUUAUGAAAAAAAUAAUGCUUCCUUAAAAAUAACACACAUAUACAUACACAACAUUAUUUAUAUUUUAAUUACAAAUUGUUUCACAAUUAGUUUCAGUAAGAAAAAAGAUAUAUUGUUAAUAACUGUAUUAUAUAGGAUAAUGAAGAUCUUGUAAUGAAUUUGAACGAUAUGUUAUAAAAACUCACGUAUACGUAUUAUAAUUAAGAUUAUCUAGGUCUCAGUAGUGAAUAUAAUCGAAAUUUUAUAUAUAAUUUUAUUUUAGAAUUGCUAAAAAUGUAAUACAAAAAUUCAUACAAUUUUAAUAUGUCAUAUGUUUAAAAAAGACUGUAAGUAGAACCACUGCCACAAUGUACUUGAAAUCUUUUGUAUUGUGAUGAAAUGAAUUGAAUACUUAUUCAUUCCAUUCUAUUUCAUAUAAUAUGUUAUGCAAUGACAUUGCAUUAUAUUAAUAAACAUGAAAAAAAAUGUACAAGAUAAAUUACAAAAUAAACGAGUUUUUUAAGUAA